AUGUCGGCUUCCAAAUCGCGGUGGGCAGACGACGAUCCAGAAACCGAAGCCAUUGUCGCUCAGCGCAAGCGCGAGAAGGAGGAGAAGCGCCGCGCCAAGGCCGAGAAACAACGUCAGCUGGAGGAAGCUAGCAAAGCUCAAGCUUCAGCGGCAGCUCCUCCGGAUCCAAGCAGCUCCAGCCAAAAUGCCAAUGGGGAACCAGGACCCCCCAAAAAGCGGCGAAGAUUAUCCAACGACCCCGAUGCGCCGUCUGCGGAAGAUGAAGUCUCGACAAGCGAGGGGGGAAAGAAGCAGUCGAGCCUGCUGAGGUUCCCAACCAGUGAAUGGGGACCGUGUCGGCAUGUCGACAACUUUGAACGCCUCAAUCACAUCGAAGAAGGAUCUUACGGUUGGGUUUCGAGGGCCAAGGACAUUACGACAGGAGAGAUUGUCGCGCUCAAGAAACUGAAGAUUGAGAACUCACCGGAUGGGUUUCCAGUAACGGGCCUACGAGAGAUACAGACAUUGUUAGAGGCGCGGCAUCAGAACGUUGUUUAUCUGCGUGAGGUUGUCAUGGGAAACAAAAUGGAUGAUGUAUUCUUGGUGAUGGAUUUCUUGGAGCAUGACCUGAAAACACUUCUCGACGACAUGCGCGAACCUUUCCUUCCUUCCGAAAUCAAAACACUACUGUUGCAGGUCGUCGGCGGCCUCGAAUUCCUACAUUCCCAGUGGAUCAUGCACCGUGAUCUCAAGACGUCCAACCUCCUCCUCAACAACCGGGGUGAAAUCAAGAUUGCCGAUUUCGGCAUGGCACGAUACUAUGGUGAUCCACCACCCAAGUUGACACAAUUGGUUGUCACGCUAUGGUAUCGAGCGCCGGAGCUCUUGCUCGGUGCAGACAAAUACGGCACAGAGAUUGACAUGUGGAGUAUUGGCUGCAUUUUUGGAGAGCUGCUCAUCAAGGAGCCUCUCCUUCAGGGGAAGAACGAAGUGGAUCAGGUAUCCAAGAUAUUUGCCUUGACCGGCCCACCUAACCAGCAAAUCUGGCCCGGCUUCCGCUCUCUCCCCAAUGCCAAAUCUUUACGCCUGCCGCCCACGCCAGCGACGUCGACACGGAACCCGCCACUGCUGCCUCGUUCCCGAUUCCCAUAUCUUACAAAUGCGGGACUAGAUCUUCUGUCGUCGUUGCUAGCGCUGAAUCCUGCUGUCCGACCAACUGCUCAGCAAUGUCUAGCGCAUUCCUACUUCCGAGAAGAUCCUCGCCCCAAGCCGAAAGAGAUGUUCCCUUCAUUUCCCUCCAAGGCUGGAAUGGAGAAACGCAGACGCCAUCAUACACCCGAGGCACCAAAGCAUGGACAAGACGCUCCCGAGCUGGACUUUGCGGGCGUCUUUGGUGGUGCCCCUGGAGGCGACGCGGGCGAGGCAGGUGCCGGCUUCUCUCUUCGCCUUGGAUGA